AUGCUCACAGUCAGAGAGCAGCCGUCCUCCUGUGGACUCACCACCUGCAGAGGUUUUGGUUCACCCCUCAUACGCCUCACCCCUCAUCCCUCACACACCUCACCCCUCAUACGCCUCACCCCUCACACGCCUCACCCCUCACACGCCUCACCCCUCACACGCCUCACCCCUCACACGCCUCACCCCUCACACGCCUCACCCCUCACACGCCUCACCCCUCACACGCCUCACCCCUCACACGCCUCACCCCUCACACCCCUCAUCCCUCACACACCUCACCCCUCAUACGCCUCACCCCUCACACGCCUCACCCCUCACACACCUCACCCCUCACACACCUCACCCCUCACACGCCUCACCCCUCACACACCUCACCCCUCACACGCCUCACCCCUCACACGCCUCACCCCUCACACACCUCACCCCUCACACGCCUCACCCCUCACACGCCUCACCCCUCACACGCCCUCACCCCUCACACGCCUCACCCCUCACACGCCUCACCCCUCACACGCCUCACCCCUCACACGCCUCACCCCUCACACGCCUCACCCCUCACACGCCUCACACGCCUUACCCCUCACACGCCUCACCCCUCACACGCCUCACCCCUCACACGCCUCACCCCUCACACGCCUCACCCCUCACACGCCUCACCCCUCACACGCCUCACCCCUCACACGUCUCACCCCUCACACACCUCACCCCUCAUACGCCUCACCCCUCACACGCCUCACCCCUCACACACCUCACCCCUCACACACCCUCACCCCUCACAACGCCUCACCCCUCACACGCCUCACCCCUCACACGCCUCACCCCUCACACACCUCACCCCUCACACACCUCACCCCUCACACGCCUCACCCCUCACACGCCUCACCCCUCACACGCCUCACCCCUCACACGCCUCACCCCUCACACGCCUCACACGCCUUACCCCUCACACGCCUCACCCCUCACACGCCUCACCCCUCACACGUCUCACCCCUCACACGCCUCACCCCUCACACGCCUCACCCCUCACACGCCUCACCCGCCUCACCCCUCACACGCCUCACCCCUCACACGCCUCACCCCUCACACGCCUCACACGCCUUACCCCUCACACGCCUCACCCCUCACACGCCUUACCCCUCACACGUCUCACCCCUCACACGCCUCACCCCUCACACGCCUCACCCCUCACACGCCUCACCCCUCACACGCCUUACCCCUCACACGUCUCACCCCUCACACGCCUCACCCCUCACACGCCUCACCCCUCACACGCCUCACCCCUCACACGCCUCACCCCUCACACGCCUCACCCCUCACACGCCUUACCCCUCACACGUCUCACCCCUCACACACCUCACCCCUCAUACGCCUCACACCUCACCCCUCAUACGCCUCACACCUCAUCCCUCACACACCUCACCCCUCAUACGCCUCACACGCCUCACCCCUCACACGCCUCACACGCCUCACCCCUCACACGCCUCACCCCUCACACGCCUCACCCCUCACACGCCUUACCCCUCACACGUCUCACCCCUCACACACCUCACCCCUCAUACGCCUCACACCUCACCCCUCACACGCCUUACCCCUCACACGUCUCACCCCUCACACGCCUCACCCCUCACCCCUCACACGCCUCACCCCUCACACGCCCUCACCCCUCACACGCCUCACCCCUCACACGCCUUACCCCUCACACGUCUCACCCCUCACACACCUCACCCCUCAUACGCCUCACACCUCACCCCUCAUACGCCUCACACCUCAUCCCUCACACACCUCACCCCUCAUACGCCUCACACGCCUCACCCCUCAUACGCCUCACACCUCACCCCUCACACCUCACCCCUCACACACCUCACCCCUCAUACGCCUCAUCAUAAGUGUCACCCCUCAUAUGCCUCAACCCUCAUACGCCUCACCCCUCAUACGUCAUACGCCUCACCCGUCAUACGCCUCACCCUUCAUACGCCUCACCCUUCAUACGACUCACCCCUCGUACUCCAUGUUCCAUAA